GGUCCUUGGCUCAAGCAGGCCGCGAUCGUAGGGGCACGGCUCUGGCGACAGGUCGGGCUCGUCCGGCAGGACGGAUGCGGUUGACCCUAGAGCUGUUGCAGCAGGCCCCCCAGAGCCUCAACCCGGCGCAGCAGCGCCAGCUUCUGCUGCGAGGAGGGCUUCAAGAUCCCCGCGAUCGAGAAUCUGGGUGGGACCAACGACGCCUACGAGUGCAUCGACUUUAGCGAUAACGAUCUGAUCAAGCUCGGCAACUUCCCCCCGCUGAAGCGGCUCAAGAUUUUGAUGCUGACGAACAACAGGAUCAGCCGAAUUGCAGAGGAUGCGUUCUCGACGCUGCCGAAUUUAGUGUCUGUUGUGCUCACAGGCAACAAGCUCGAGAAGUUGGUAGAUCUCGAGCCUCUGACAAAGCUGAAGACCUUAGAGCGACUGACGCUACUCGAGAACCCUGUCACCAAGGUCAAGCACUACAGGCCCUACAUGAUCCAGACGUGCUCCAAGACGCUCCGCAUCCUGGACUUCAACCGGAUCAAGGACAAGGAACGCAAGGCCGCGGGGCUGCUCUUCGCCGGCGAGCGCGGGAAGAAGCUCGUCGAGGAGAUCGACAUCGCGCCCCCCCGGGCGGUGGGCAGCGAGCCGGCCGCGCAGGUCGCGGAGGCGGCCAAGACGGGCCCCACGCCGGAGGUCAUCGAGCGCAUCAAGAAGGCAAUCGCGGAGGCCGAGACGAUCGAGGAGGUGACGCGGCUGGAGCGGGCCCUCAAGAGCGGCGUCCUGCCGGAGGACCUCCAGGGGGCUGCCGUCGAGGGCGCCGGCGGGCCCGCGGUAGAGGCACCCAAGGAGGACAGCAUGAAGGUGGACGGCUGAGUGUUGGCCUGGAUGUCAUAGUGAAAGCAGGCGCCUCCUCCUCACUCCUCCUCCCAUUCAGUUCCCUGCUCCUCUGUCCCCUCCUUCUCCCUUAUCCAUCUGGCCCUCAUCCUUCUCAUCCUCCCUGUGGAUGCCGUAGUGAAAGCGGGUACAUCUGAAAGAGGCUCAAGGUAUGAUGGUUCGCUUUCGCACGUAAAGCGCAGAUACUCAUAGGAACAGCAGGACAAGGAGGCAAGCAUCGG